CCACUUGGCAGAACAGCCGUUUGAGGACGCGAAGUGAAGAAGAGAUGCUAGUGACCCACACAAGGGUACCCAUGCAAAGUUGACUCGCAAAUUUAGGUAGAUGAAAAGUCUGCGGUCGACUGACACCAGACGCCAAAAAAUAUACUUUUGGUGACUUGUCAACAAAGUUCAGCGCUGUCAUUUUCGCAUACACUGUUGUGGUGCAAACUUGCAAUAGCUUAUCACGACCUCGCGAACGAGAUUCCAGAGCAGAGCAAAAGCUAGCUGAUGUUAGCCAUUCCAGCUAAAACCCUGAAGCAAGGAAAAGUAGUUAGUUUCGAUUCGCUGUAUGAAGCCGGGGAAUCUUUACUAGACUUGUGUCUGUGACUAACAGUUCCCCGAUAGCGUACUCGACACAAAAGCUCAAGUUGCCUGUUAGCUAAUGGCAUUAUCCAUCUAGCUAGCAGCAUCGCUCAGCCUGCCUUCCGCCGACGUGCACUUCCCCCCACUCUGACUCCAGCCGGCUAGCCGUAGCGUUAGUCCGGUACAUAAAAUGAAGCGACCAUCAGCAUUUUGGGACGCUGCGUGGCUCUGUGGAUUUUGCUGAUACAUGAGGAGACGAUAUUGUUUUUGUGAGAUCUCUGUCAGGGAGGUCAAAAUCAGUACGGGGGAUGGACGAGCAGAAAUCAAACUGCGAAGAGAAUGACUCUGAACCAACAGCUGAUGACAAUGCUACUGCAAAGCAGCUUGUCUCUUCUGCCGGGGUGUCUAAGGCCAUUCCUGCUGUGGAGUCGUCGAGUGCUAAUGCAGCCUCUUCUAGCACAUCUGUAGAGAGCGUUCGAGCCUGUGCGCUUUGUAACUGUGUGGAGCGGAGUCUGCAUGGGCAGCGGGAACUGAGGCACUUUGGACCAUUUUCUGAGCGGCCAACCCUCAAGCCAUCAGCUUCCCCACUGCCACAGCCUGGAAAUGAUGACCUGUCUUCCAUUGGAUUUCCUGAUUCGCCUUGUCUGACAGCACUCCUUGAUGACUCAGGGGGAUGUUGGGUUCACCACUGGUGUGCAGUGUGGUCAGAGGGAGUAAAGCAGACAGAGGAUGAAGAGUUGGAGAAUGUGGAUAAAGCUGUUAUCUCAGGGACACAGCGGAUUUGCGAAUACUGCAAAAGGCUGGGUGCAACCAUUCGAUGCCAUGCUGAGGGCUGUUUGCGGUUCUACCACUUUCCCUGCUCAGCAGCCAGUGGAUCCUUUCAGUCUAUGAAACAGCUGGUCCUCCUCUGUCCAGAGCACAUAGAUAAGGCAGAGGAGCUGGCUGGUGAAGAGUCUUGGUGUGCAGUAUGUGACUCAGCAGGCGAGCUCACUGAUUUGCUCUUCUGCACGGGUUGUGGUCUCCACUACCAUGCAGCCUGUCUGGAGAUUGGAGCCACACCUAUCCAGAGGGCAGGAUGGCAGUGUCCAGAGUGUAAAGUGUGCCAGACUUGCAGACAACCAGGUGAAGACUCCAAAAUGUUGGUAUGUGAUGCUUGUGAUAAGGGAUACCACACCUUCUGUCUCCAGCCAGCCAUGGAUUCUCUUCCCUCUGACCCAUGGAAAUGCAGAAGGUGUCGUGUAUGUGUGGUGUGCGGAGUCCGUGGACUAGUGCUGCCAGGCUCGGCCCAGUGGUUUGAUAACUACGCCGUGUGUGAGGGAUGCCAGCAUCACCGCAGUUCUAUAUGUUGUGUGUGCAGCAAAGCUGCCAACCCGUCUGUUGCUUUGCAGUGUUGCAGCAUGUGCCGCAGAUGGGUUCACAGUGAGUGUAGUUCAGCGGGGGAACCCCCAAAAGCUGAGAUCAUUUGCCUGCUUUGUAAGGAGGGUCAGCGGCAGCCAGUUGCUGAACCAUACACAGCAGACACUCAGACCACAACGUCCCUUAAGGAAACUGAAGGAGACAUUAAAUUGGUGGGAAUGCCAGUCCAAAUGGAUACAGACUUAUCAGAAGUGACACCAGGACAGAAACACACAUUAGAAAUGGGACAGGCUAAAGAUGAGGCUGAUAAAGAGACACCUAUGGACUUUGUGAUGGAGUUUGCAGCGGUUCAGGCAACAAACACUGUGGAGAGAACAAUGAAGAGAGAGCCAACCCUACCAACAGCAGAUUUUGGUUCUGAGGGACCAGCUCCUCUGCUUGAGUCUACAGGCUGUGCAACAACAGAGCAGAGGGGCUCUUGUCCUCCCGCUGCUGAAGACGGAGCCAAAGAGGCACAGAGUCAAGUGGCAGCUUCCCAGGAUCCCACAGCAGAGACACAGUCUAACAACAGCUGUGAAGUAGAACCAACACCAGUGUCACAGCAAGGCCCUGAAAGCAUGGAGGUGGAUGAGGAGAAGCAAGAUGCUCCUCCCUCAGUUAAACAAGAACUAUCACAAGAGUUAUUGAAGAGUGCAUCUGGUGACAUCUGUAUAGGACCGUUCUGUAACGAUCCCCAGAAGUUACCAGCUUCCACAGUCUCUGUGGUUAAAAUGGAGCCUUUGUCUAUGGAUGAAAAGCAGGAACGAAGUCCAUGCCAUGACUUCCAGUUGCUUUCUAAUCGUUCUUUAUCAAUAGACACACAAGAGUCCCUCUCUGCAGCUGACAUAGAGGGGAGGUUAUUACCUCACUCUGAGGAGGAGGAGGAAGAGGAGGAUGAGGAUGAUGACCAAAUGAAAGGACACAGUGAGGACAUCAAGAGAAAACUACAAGAGGUUAAGCCGGAGUUGUUGCUGGAUGAAAUGUCAAAUAUGAGCCAUGGUGAUGAGAGCAGCAGUGGCUUUCUAGGCUCUCCAGGAGAACCCGACCCUCAGCUUUCCAUGGAGCUUGGCCUUGUACCUUCCAGCCGCUCGCACACUGACAUCUUGCUCACUGAGACCGAUGACUCUCUUCCCUUUGAACCUCUCAGAAGUGACAGAGAAAAGGCCAAACGCAGAGGGUCCCCAGGCCGCUCAAGGGUCAAACAGGGACGAAGCAGUAGUUUCCCUGGAAAGCGUAGACCUCGAGGUGGUAGUGGUGGUGGUGGUGGAGGGAGAGGGCGUGGUGGGAGGUCACGCCUUAAAGCUAUGGCCUCCUGCAUCGACGCCUUUUUGCUAAGCAUGACCUCAGACACUGGACUGAGUAAGGAGGAAGACGAAGAAGAAGAUGACACCAUGCAGAACACAGUUGUUCUUUUUUCAAACACCGAUAAAUUUGUUCUGCUACAGGACAUGUGUGUCGUCUGUGGCAGUUUUGGAAAGGGUGUAGAGGGGCAGUUGCUGGCUUGCGCUCAGUGUGCCCAGUGCUACCAUCCUUAUUGUGUUAACAGCAAAAUCACAAAGACGAUGCUUCGUAAGGGCUGGCGUUGUUUGGAAUGUAUUGUGUGUGAAGUGUGUGGAAAGGCUUCAGACCCGUCUCGUCUGCUGCUGUGUGACGACUGUGAUGUCAGCUAUCACACCUACUGCUUGGACCCUCCCCUGCACACUGUACCCAAGGGUGGUUGGAAGUGCAAAUGGUGUGUGUGCUGUGUGCAGUGUGGAUCCAACUCACCAGGUUUCCACUGCGAGUGGCAGAACAACUACACACACUGCGGGCCUUGCGCCAGCCUCGUCACCUGCCCGGUAUGCCGGGAGAAUUUCAUGGAGGAGGAGCUCUUGCUGCAGUGUCAGUACUGCGAUCGAUGGGUCCAUGCCGUCUGUGAGAGUCUGUACACAGAGGAUGAGGUGGAACAGGCUUCUGAUGAGGGCUUUGCUUGCACAUCUUGCACCCCAUAUGUUCCAAAACCUGUGGUAGUAGAGUCAGCCAUUAUGGCUUCAAUAAAGAUAAAAGAGCCAGAGCCCCAGUUCUACCGUUUGGAGGGUGUUUGGCUUACAGAGUCAGGCAUGUCCCUGCUUCGUAGCAUCUCUAUGUCUCCCCUGCACAAGAGACGGCAACGUCGCUCCCGUCUUGGCACUAUGUGCUCUGAAGGAGGUCCUGAUGGAAUGGAUCUAAGAGAGGUUGAAGGAGAAGGGGAUGAGGGAAAAGGCUGUGGGGAUCCCAUGGACUGUGAAUCAAAGAUAGACCAACAUGGGAGCCCUGAGAGAGACGGUGGUACUGAGCGGGAUGCAGGUGCAGAGGGAGGUGCUGACGGUGACUGUGAGGGUCUUAAAGGGGGAGCAGAGGAGACAGAUGACAGCAAGAAAAGAAAGCGAAAACCUUACAGGCCUGGAAUUGGAGGUUUUAUGGUGCGACAAAGGAAGUGUCACACACGGAUGAAGAAAGAAUUUUUUGCCCAGUUGGCUGGAGAGACGAUGUUGGAUGGACAGCCAAUUGAGCGAACUAUUGAAGAAGGGCCCCACCCUGACACAGACAACAUUAUGGAUCCUAAACCAGUGGAGGGAGAGGAACAGGCCAAGAAACGUCGGGGUCGGAAGAGGAGCAAACUCGAGGAUAUGUUUCCAGCUUAUCUCCAGGAGGCAUUCUUUGGAAAGACACUGAUAGACUUGAGUAAGAAGGCAGUGAUGAUACCUCCAGGGCAGAGGCCAGGUUCAUGCCCCAUCAGACCUACUUUACCAGCACCAACCAAGAGUACUACCCCAGACACUGAUGCUGGGGAUCGUGUGGUGGACAUAAAUUGUCCUCUCAAGCAAGAGGGGGGUGAAGCCCCCCAGGCUCAGGGAGACGGUGCAGGGAUUCCUACACCAUCCUCAUCGCAGACAAACCAGGUGUCAACUGAUCCUCAUGAUUCUGAUGCAGAAAAAAAUGAAGGUCUUCCACAGGGGGUGGAGAGUCAGGAUUCUGAGCAGUUCUUCAGGAAGGUUCUGGGAGUGUCGGAUGGUUCCUCCUUGGGAGGUAUGAAGCCCAUCUUGGAGGGCAAUAAGGGAGAACUCAGUCGUAGUGCUUUGCCACAGAGAGCUCUCCCCUCAGGGUCCCUGCCCUCAGCUGGAAUGAUGGAUGCCUUUCCUGGAAUUUCUCAGUCACCGUUCUUCGACAUGCGGGACAGAGGAGGGCUGUUCAGUCCAGAUGGCGGUGAGGAGAGCCCUUGGGCAACUCCCUCUACCCCAGCAACUCCUUCCUCCCCACCAACCCCCACAGAGGCAGAGGGUGAUGGUCUGUCCUAUAACCAGCGUAGUCUGCAGCGCUGGGAGAAGGAUGAGGAGCUUGGAGAGCUCUCAACUAUUUCCCCUGUUCUUUAUGCCAAUACAAACUUCCCAACUCUCAAACAGGACUACCCAGAUUGGGCUAGUCGCUGCAAGCAGAUCAUGAAAAUCUGGAGGAAGGUCCCAGCUGCUGACAAGGUUCCAUAUCUGCAAAAGGCCAAAGAUAACCGAGCAGCUCAGAGGAUAAACAAGGCACAGAAGCAGGCAGAAAGUCAAGUGUGCAGGCCAGUAAAAACAGAGCAACCACGUGCAAAGGGAGAACGGCCAAGUUUACACCUCCAGAUCCCACCACCUUCAGGCUCAACAUCAAUCUCCUCUCAACCCAGCUCUGCAGACAGCCCAUUUCCCUUGCCUCCCGAUUCAGGAUCGUCUUCUGUCUUUUUCUCAGAUGGACCUGUCAAAACUCCAUUAUCAGCUGAAAUCCGGACAGAUCCUUUGGCUAAGCUUCCGCCUCAGUCACCCCAUUCUUACUCACACCCAACCACACCUUUCUCUAAUGCCGGGGCCAGCCCCGUACAGGCCCCUUCCUCAGGUUAUUCUGCUUCCGGCCCGCAGGGCCCUCCUCAGGGACGGCCAGCCAGUCUUGGCCCUUUUGACAUGCAACCAGGAACUCCUGGAACCCCCAGACGGGCUCAGCAGGUUGACCCCUACUUCAGAUCACAGCUGCAGCAGCAACAGGGUCUUCUUCCACAAUCCCAGCAAGGCUCUCAGGAGUCCCUAGGGCCUCCAGAAAGUCCUCAUUCAAGAGGUCCUGGGCUCGGGGAGUCGACCAUUUUUUCACCAUCCCACAAUACCCACUAUGGAGAUCCCUUCAGAACCCAGCAAGGAAUGGGAAGGCCAGAAUAUGGUUCAUCACCGUCACCAUCUGCAUUGGCUUCAUCUCCUGCAAGCACAGGGCAGUACAGGACUGAUAUGAGUGCACCCUCUCCACGUUCCUCUGCAGUUGGCAGACAUGAUCUGUCCACCGGCUCCCCUGCUGGAAUGCUUGAGUCUGGAGAUGGUUUGUUCAAGGCACCUUUAACGCCACGAAUGCACCAAGGAGAGAGUGGGGCACUUCAUCCUGGAGCUUCACCUAGCCAUGUUGCUGAAGGCUUCAGGCAGUCUCCCUCUCACUCUGAUCCCCAUAUUCAUCCUCCACUAACUACCAGACCGCAGUCAGGUGAUAAUUGUUCUCUUGGACCCCAGAGACACGCUGUAGCUCAACAGGAGCAAUGUCCUAGAGUACCCUCCAGCCCACAGUCCCAGGGCAGCUGCCAGUCUCCCCACACUCCUGGUGGCAUGUCCAAUGAUGGUUACUCUGUCCAGUCUCCUGCUACUCCUCGUUUCCAAUCUCCAGACCCUUGUUCUCGGCCACCUUCAAGGCCACAAUCUAGAGACCCGUUUGCAGCAGUCCAUAAGCCACCUCGCACUUCCUCUAUUGGCCCAGAGGGAACUGGAAGUUUCAAAACAUCCCCUCAUCCUAACCAGCCAUCUCCAGCCCAUUCUACUAAUACAUCUAUAGGGGAUCCCCUCUCUGGAAAGCCAUCAGCUCCCCCUACUUUCAGCCGCAGCCCGAGCACGGGAGGCUUUCAAAUAACUCAACAGCAGACUCAGAUGGUGCAGCAACCACAGCCACAAACUCAGCCGGCUUUGUCAGCAGACAGCCUUACCUCGCGAGUGCCACCUUCCUCUGGAUCUCAAGAAAUACCAGCUGUCCACACUUCAGACAUGUCAAGUCAGCCAUCUUUGCCAGUAACUCAAGAAAUUCCUGAUAUUUCAGCAGUACAGGACCCUUCAGUAGUAGGACUCAGCCCUGCUGAUCUGGAAAAGCACAGACCGCGCCAAAGACUGAGGGAAUUUGUGAUCAGACAACAAAUGCACAGACAAGAGAAGGAGGCAGCUGCUGCUGCUGGCAGUGCAUCCCCUGGAUGGUCUGGGGGAGGGAUGGGAGGCUUUCAGCAGGAUAAAACUCACAGAGCACCACCACCUUAUCCACAGGAACGUAUUGCUGCUGCCGCUUCAAGUGCUCAGGCUUCUGUGUCGGGGAAGAUGCCCACAGACGAUAAGCUCAUUCGCCCACCACAUACAGGAAACCCUGCCGUUGUUGAUCCAGUUAGGCUACCAGGAUCUUCCAGACCGCAGGGUAUGUUUACCCGUCCACCAUUCCCUCCUCAGUGGCAGGGCCAGGCUCCAAGGAGGUUCCCUCAGCCUGGCAUGGAAGCUGUGGGCAUAAGGCACAAUCUUAACCCUGCUGUCAAUAUCCAAGGUAUGGAAGGCAUGGGUAAUACUCAUGCCAUGAUGCCAGGGCACGGAGGUGAAUCCAUGCAGCCAAUGAGUCAAGGUCCACCACCACAGUUCAUUGAGUUGAGACAUAAUUCACAAAGGCCACCCCUGCGACACCAAUUUAUACCCCGUGGACCCCAGCCCAGGCCACGUCUCUUUGUCCCAGGGCAAGAGAUGUCAACACCUUAUGUUCAGCAACUUCCUAUAGCUCAAGUUGGUGGGAUUCAGACAGAGGGGUUACAACAGGGUGGACUGUCAGUUUUACUGCCUCAGCAGUCUCACAUGCAACCUCAAAAUGCUACUUCAGCCCAAAACACUCGCAGUACUGAGCAGCAUCGACUUUCACAACCAGGUAUAGUCACAGAGCCCCAGCCUGCAGCUGUAGAAAAUGCAGAAGAACUGCCAGAACAUGAUCUUGAUGGGCUAGGCGAUGCUCCAGGAGAUGGAGGAGUAGAAGAUGAGGAUGAUUUGGCUCUUGACCUGGACCCUGACAAAGGAGAUGAUGACUUGGGCAACCUGGACAACCUCGAAACCAAUGAUCCACAUCUUGAUGACUUACUCAACAGUGAUGAGUUUGACCUGCUGGCUUACACUGAUCCUGAACUGAACCAAGGAGACCCUAAAGAUGUCUUCUCAGACCAGCUGCGGCUGGUAGAAGCUGAAAGUGAGGGUCCUUCAGCGUCGUCUGGUUCUGCACAUGUUAAAGUGGAAGACAAAGCCAAGGUGGAGCCAGAGCGGAAGGCUCUGACAAAAGUCCCUUCUACUGCACUAGAGUCUGCUGCUCAACUAACACGCUCUUCACAAACCGCUGAUGCCUCUAAAGUUAAAGUAGAGAACAGAGGUUUGACGCCUCAGCUGCAAACGGGACAGACUGUGGUGAAAGCUGAAAUGGGAGAAGCGGUAUCCAUGCCUCUUGGUGUGACCGCACCAACAACAAAGACUCCACAAAGUGAGAGCCAGUCUGCCUCACUCAGUUCUGUUCGAUUAGGGGGACUUCCAUAUCCCUUGCCAGGCCAAGGUAAUCCAUUGCCUUUUCCUCCAGCUCCUCCACAUGGCGAUAUGGGUGAUGAUCCCUUAGGACUACCUGAUGUAGGGGAGCAGCACUCUCCUGCUGUAGAUCUGGCAAAGGUAGAGAGCUCAUUAGAUGGUGAACUGCCUCUUCUAAUACAAGAUCUCCUGGAGCAUGAAAAGAAAGAACAACAGAAACAGCAACAGCUCAGUUCUCUUCAACAAGGAGGCAUACCACAACAGUUUUCAGGCAUUCCAAAUCCACAUCCGAAUCAACAUUCAUCUGGGCAAAUAAUGUUACCACACCACCAUCGUCCACCACCCCAAGGUAUGAUGAAUCAGCCAGGGAUGGUACCGCGUGCGUCACACAUUUUGCAGCAGCAAAGGCUUAUGGGACCUGGUAUAGUACCGCCAACUCACAUGAUGGCCCAGCAGCAAACCAUGAUGAGGACGAUGCAGCCUGGGAUGCAGCCUGGGAUGCAGCCUGGGAUGCAGCCUGGGAUGCAGCCUGGGAUGCAGCCUGGGAUGCAGCCAGGGAUGCAGCCAGGGAUGCAGCCAGGGGUGCAGCCAGGGAUGCAGCCAGGGGUGCAGCCAGGGAUGCAGCCUGGGGUGCAGCCAGGGAUGCAGCCUGGGAUGCAGCCUGGGGUGCAGCCAGGGAUGCAGCCAGGGAUCCAGCCAGGACUUGGCCAUCAAUCACAACAGCAGCAGCCAGCAGUAAAACAGUCAACUCUGACCAACAGCUUCUUCCCAGAUAAAGAUUUGGACAAAUUUGCUACAGAUAACAUUAUGGAUCCCAUUGCCAAGGCGAAGAUGGUUGCCCUUCAGGGUAUUAAGAGAGUGUUGGCACAGGAUCCAAUGGUUGUUCCCACUGGCAUUAACAGGCAACAAGUUUCUCUGCUUGCUCAGAGGCUGGCUUCUGCCCCAGCCACAGAUCCAAAUCAACUUGCAUCUGGACCUGCAAAGGAGGGAGAGACAAGUGAUCCACCCCAGUCAAGGCCUAACCCUCCUCAGUUUGUGCAAGGAAUAAUCAAUGAUGCUGAACAGCACCAAUACGAAGAAUGGCUUCUUCAUACCCAGCAGUUACUCCAAAUGCAACUGAAAUUUUUGGAAGAACAGAUAGGAGUUCAUCGCAAAUCACGCAAAGCACUGUGUGCGAAGCAACGCACUGCUAAGAAGGCUGGCAGAGAGUUUGCUGAGGCAGAUGCAGAGAAACUUAAGUUGGUCACAGAAGAGCAGAGUAAAAUUCAGAAGCAGCUUGACCAGGUGCGCAAGCAACAGAAGGAGCACACAAAUCUAAUUGCAGAGUACAGAAGCAAGCAGCAGCAGCAUCAACAACAACAGCAGCAGCAUCAACAACAACAGCAGCAGCAGCAGCAGCAACAACAGCAGCAGCAAGGCUCUGGUAUUAUAACCCAAGGUCAUUCUGCACAGGGGGGGCCCUCUCACAUGUUUCCCAAAAUGCCUGGUCAGAUGAUGAUGGGCCAGCAGGGGGCACCAGUAAUGGGGCAACAUCCUGGCAUGGUACCCCAAGGUGGGAUGCCUGUCAGAAUGCCCCAAGGUCAGCCCUUUAUUGGAGGAGCCCAGCCACAGCUUUCUGGGGCUCUUGGAGCCAGUGGUGCCAGGGUCCCAGGUCCUCCUGGGCCUUCAGGAGGAUUUUUCCCUCAGGGGCCUGGGGUGCAAGGUGCAGACCCUAGGCUUCUUCAAGAAAGACAACUUCAGCAUAGGAUGCAGAUGGCAAAGUUCCAGCAACAGCAGCUGAUGGGCCAACAACCAGUGUCACUCCCAAAUCAACAGUCUAGUUUAAUCAAUCAGUCGCAGGCUGGUAUGAUGGGGCACCAACUUAUGGCACAACAACAGGCGAACACUCAGCAGGGUAUGCUAGCUAAUCAGGCUAAUCAGCAGAACAUGGUCCAGGUUGCACAAGGAAUAGUUGGAGGCCAGACUGUGGCUCCAUCACAGAAUCUUGUGGGCAGCCAGCCUAUUAACCAUUCUCAAGGCAUGGUAUCAACUCAGGCAGGAAUAAUUGGUAACCAACAAGUUGCAUUGUCACAGCAGCAGAGGCCUCAGCUGAUGAUGGGACAGCAGGGUAUGGUUGGUGCUCAAGGUCACCCUGGCCUGAGGGGGCCCCAUGCCCAGUUGACUCCUCAACAACAGAACAUUCUGGCCCAACGCAUGCUUGCAUCUCAGCAAAAUAUUACAAAGAAUUUAGCCCACAUUCAGCAGCAGCAAAUGACACAACAAAGACAACCAGCACAGUUGAUCAACCAGUCUGGCCAAGAGCAAGGUCUUUCCCAACCCUCUACCCCACAAAUGGGUUCCUCUCCUUCAGCAGGAAGUAACACACCCCAGCCCCAGGGAUCUACAGAGAGCCAAAACUCAGGACCCAAAGAAGGUGGUAUCCUCAGCCCUGAUUCAAGAACCCCACCACAGCAGAGCGGACCCUCUACUCCCAACCAGAUCCAACUAGGCUCUGCAAAUGAUCAUCAAACUGACCUGGGACGACAGCAGCAGCACCAGAAUCAGGUUUAUGUAGGCCAGCAGCAACAAUCAAAUCCCCAGUCUGUACAUGAGAAACAGUCGGGUUUGGUCGGGAACCAGCAAACUGGUAUGCAGCAACUGCAGCAACAACUUCCAGUCACUGUCCAGAGGCAAAGUUCCCUCACCACUGACAAGCCCAGUUUGAUGACAAUUAAAGAGGAAGGAAAAACAUCUGAUUUCUUACAUCAUCAACAGCAAACUCUUCAAAAUACCACACAGCAGCCACAGGACCCCACCAUGCCGCAACAGAUCACAGGACACAACCAUCCAGGGCAGCAACAACCUGCUAUGAUGGGUCUUAGUUCACAACAGCAGGCCAUCAUGGCCCAACAGCAGAAACAGCAGGUUUUAAUGAGUAUGAUGAGAGCUCAGCAGCAAGGAAUGAUGGGACAGAGACCUGGUGUUCCUCCUGGACAGAUCCGCGCCCCUAUCAACAUCCAGGCCAUUAUUGCUCAGAAUCCUCAGCUCCGCAAUCUCCCCCCCAACCAACAAAUACAGCACAUCCAAGCCAUGAUUGCACAAAGACAACAAGGACAAAUGCUGCGGAUGCCAAUAGGUCAGGGCCAACAACAUCAGUUGAGGCCUCAGCUCCCACAGAUGGGACAGCAAAUGAUGGGGAUGGAAGGCCAUCAAAUGUCACAUGGAGUCAUGGGGAAUCCAGGAGCAGUGGGAAAUCAGCACCAGCCAGGUAUGCCAGGCCAACAACCUGGUGUUGCUCCUCAGAUACAGCAAGGAAUGAUGGUCUCUGGGCAGCAGCUCCAAGUGGGAGAGAUGAUGCAGCAACAUAUGAGAGGACAGGUGCCACAUUCCCCAAUGGACCAGGGCCCAAUGGUGAGGCCAGCAUCUCCACGUCAGCCAUUAGCCAACUCCCCUGGGGAUUCUCAACGGCACACUUUUAAUCAAGCUAUGGGGAUUCGUCCACCCACUCCCACCCAGAACCAACAGCAAGCACUAAUGGCAGGCCGUGUGCAGGGCUCUCCAUCGCAUGCAUAUUCUCCAAGAACUCCCUUUGGCAUGAGUCCAGUCCACCCAGUCUCACCCCAUUCAUCUCAUGUCUCCUCACCUUCUAUAGCUGACAGCAGGGCUGGGAGGGGCAGUCCCUACAGUCAAGUCAAGGCUUCUCCACUCAGGUCACCCGGGGCUAAGAGUCCACUUGAUUGUCCAGGACCUAAAGCAGACACUCAGUCACCAGGCAGUGGUCUGGCUGCUUCAGUGACUUCCAAUGGGCCACAGAGAGGUACAAAUGCUCAGCGUCAGUUGCAGCAGGGUGCAGAAGACAAACAAGAGGAGCUAUGCAAAAUGACAAUACAGAAUAUUAAACAGGAACCAAGGGAGGUCCAGUGUGACAGUGCGGCUGAAGCUCCUACUGGGACUAUAAAGCAUGAAGCAACCGGGGAGAUGGUUAACGCUGGGAACAACACUACCUUUAUUAAUGCUGGAAGUGCUGCUGUGACUCAAAGCCCUAGAUCUGAGACUGGACAGCAGUUGCUGCAGAAACUCCUAAGAACUAAGAAUAUUCAGCUUGGCGCUCAGAGGCCUUGUGAAGGCAUCCACAGUGAGAUCAAUGGUCACAUCAACAGCAAACUGGCAAUGCUUGAGCAGAAGCUUCAAGGGACUCCACGAAACAUGGAGGAUCUGCAAUCGAUAACAAAAAGGCCUCCUGUGCAAAAGCCAAAGCGCACUAAUAAGGCAGCUGGAGAUCGAGGGCCUAAUGCACGGAAGAAAAACAAGAAGGAAGAAGUUGGAAAAAGUGCUGAAGCCUUGUUAAAACAACUCAAACAGGGCCUCUCUCUGCUGCCCUUGAUGGAGCCGUCAAUCACUGCCAGUGUGGAUCUUUUUGCACCUUUUGGAAGCAGUCCAGCCAAUGGAAAAGCCCAGCUAAAAGGCUCAUUUGGAAAUGCAGUGUUAGACAAUAUCCCAGACUACUACUCUCAGUUACUCACUAAGAGCAACCUCAGCAACCCCCCAACACCCCCAUCUUCCUUGCCACCUACUCCUCCACCAUCAGUACAGCACAAACUGCUCAAUGGAGUAACAGCUGGGGAGGAUCUGGCUGAGAGACAGAAAAACAGAGAGCCUGCUGAAGAGCCGAUGGAUUCUGUGAAAGAGGAGGUAAAGAGUGUAGAUAUUCUAGCAGCUCUCCCCACACCACCACAUAACCAGAAUGAGGAUAUCAGGAUGGAAAGUGACGAUGAGGAUGCUCCAGAAAGCAUAAUUCCAGCAUCAUCCCCUGAGAGUAAUGUAGGAGAUGAAACUCCACGUUUUCCUCACCUGCGGGAGCCUAAAGAGGAGGAGACGGACAGGGCAAUAUCACCUAUCAUACCCCUCAUACCUCGCACUGCCAUCCCAGCAUUCACAGAAAAUAAACAAUUCGAAGCUCCUGACGGCAAGGUAGAUUCAACAUCCAACCACUGGGAUAAGAGCAAAAGCAACGAGGUGUCUGUAACGUUCACGUUGUCAUCUGCUGCAGCCAAGAAACUAAAUCACGUGAUGAUGGCCAUGGCCCAGCUUCUCAACAUUAGAAUGCCAGGUACUUAUGAGGUCACUAUCCCUCCCCAAAACCCUGAAAUGUCAGGAGGAGAUGGGCCUGCGAAAGGACCUGGCCAAUCAGGGGUUCUGUGUACAAAGGAUGGUGCUUCACCUAGUCAGGAUGAGUGGCUAAGGCAAUUUGAUGUGUCUCUACCUGGCUGUACACUGAAGAAACAAGUUGACAUUCUGGCACUUAUUAAACAGGAAUUUGCAGAGACUGAAGAAAAACCAGUUCAGCACUGCUAUACAACCAAUGUAAAUGAUUUGGAUGUGCGCCACCUUCCUAUUAUACCAGUGGAGGAGUCUCCACCCCCAUCACCGUCUCCUCCUCAUCCUCCUCCAUCUCUGCCAGUUACAACUAGUGAAGCUGAACCUUCCAAAAAAUCAACUUCCUCAUCACCGUCUCCCUCCAGUCCGGCCAAUGUCCAAACAACAGCUGAGCCUGAACAGCAUGUUAAUCCUUCUCUUGAUGCUGCUCAAUCAACUGAAGUCACAGAGCCUGAAGUUGCUGCUCCAGAGUCUUGCGCAGACGCAGCAGCUACCUCGGCAGUUUCUGAUCCUGCUGCUGCUCCUGAAGAUCAUCUGAGUGCUGUUGUCAAGGAGGAGGAGGUAGAGGAUUUGGUCACUGAUCCAGCUCAACCUCCUAAAGAUUCUCCCACCCCCAUGGAGUCUUCCCCUAAAGCUGUCAAGCAACGCAGGCCUCUCUCACCUGAUGAGGAGGUGGUGCAUCCAAAACUGAAGAAAUGGAAGGGGAUUCGCUGGAAGCGUCUUCAGAUUGUUAUCUCGAUUCGGAAAGGUGGCUCUAAGAAAGAAAACAGCCGUGAGGUGUCUGAACUGAUGGAACGGCUGCGCAUUACUCUUCGACCAGAAAGGCUGCCUCGGGAUAAACGCAAGUGCUGCUUCUGCCACGAGGAAGGCGAUGGUGCCACAGAUGGGCCCGCUCGUUUGCUUAAUAUUGAUGUGGACCUAUGGGUGCACUUAAAUUGCGCUCUGUGGUCCACAGAGGUGUACGAGACACAGGGGGGUGCCCUAAUCAACGUGGAGGUAGCCCUGCGUCGCGGAUUGCGGACUCUUUGUGCGUACUGCCAGAAAACUGGUGCCACAAACAGCUGCAACAGACUGCGCUGCCCGAAUGUCUACCACUUUGCCUGUGCCAUCCGGGCACGCUGCAUGUUCUUUAAGGAUAAGACCAUGUUGUGCACCCAGCAUAAACUGAAGGGGCCCAGUGACGAUGAACUCAGCACAUUUGCGGUCCUACGCCGCGUCUACAUCGAGCGUGACGAGGUGAAACAGAUAGCUAGCAUCUUGCAGCGCGGAGACCGUAUCCACCUGUUCCGCGUCGGAAGUCUCAUCUUUCACGCUAUUGGCCAGUUGCUGCCCUCCCAGAUGGCCAACUUCCACUCAGCUACUGCAAUCUUCCCCGUUGGCUACGAGGCCACACGCAUCUACUGGAGCACACGCGUACCCAACAAGCGAUGCCGCUACCGCUGCCGCAUCAGUGAAGAUGAUGGCCGCCCGCUAUUUGAAGUGCGUGUUCUGGAGCAUGGGAUGGAGGAUUUACAGUACCGUGACCCUACUCCAGAAGGGAUCUGGGACCGGGUUGUUCAGCAGGUGGCUAAACUUCGUGAGGAAUCAUCCAUGUUGAAACUGUUCACUGAACACAUCAAAGGGGAGGAGAUGUAUGGCCUUACAAUUCACGCUGUCAUGAGAAUCACUGAGUCGUUGCCCGGAGUGGAGAACUGCCAGAAUUACCAAUUUAGAUACGGCCGGCACCCUCUGAUGGAGCUCCCACUCAUGAUUAAUCCCACUGGCUGUGCUCGCUCAGAGCCCAAGGUCCCCACACACUGCAAGAGGCCUCACACUCUUAACAGCACCAGUGUGUCCAAGGCCUACCAGAGUACCUUCACUGGAGAGCUCAACACACCGUACAGCAAGCAGUUUGUCCACUCCAAAUCCUCCCAGUAUCGGCGCUUGAAGACUGAGUGGAAGAACAACGUGUACUUGGCACGUUCCCGCAUUCAGGGCCUGGGGCUGUACGCUGCGAAGGAUUUGGAGAAGCAUACGAUGGUUAUUGAGUACAUUGGUACUGUCAUACGCAACGAGGUGGCCAAUCGCCGGGAGAAGAUCUAUGAAGCGCAGAACCGAGGGAUCUACAUGUUCCGUAUCAACAACGAGCAAGUGAUCGAUGCAACUUUAACAGGUGGCCCAGCCCGCUAUGUCAACCAUUCCUGUGCGCCCAACUGUGUUGCUGAGGUUGUAACGUUUGACAAAGAAGACAAGAUUAUCAUCAUCUCCAGCCGAAGGAUUCCUAAAGGAGAGGAGCUGACGUACGACUACCAGUUUGAUUUUGAGGACGAUCAGCACAAGAUCCCUUGCCACUGCGGAGCCUGGAAUUGCCGAAAAUGGAUGAACUAACCAGAAAGAUGGAAAAUUCCCUCUCGCUGGUACCAGAACACUCCUGCGCCAAAGCCUAUGAAAAUCCUACAUCGCCAGUGCAUAAGCUGUUCAUAAAGAUAUGGAGGAAGGCUGGCCUCCGCUAUUAAAAGACUAAAGUGUUACCUGUAGCCAAAGGUUUGAAGAGCAUUAAUCAAUAAAAGCAGCCGACCACCAUUCAUCAGCAGAAGCUUGAUGGUGGGACUAACUUUCGUGUUUGGAGUAGUUGAAUCACCCUUUCCUCAGCCAAAUCCCUCCUCUUCCCCAUCCCCCACUUCAAACCCUCCCAACUAUUCUGGUCUCAAUAAGCUUACAGUGGCUGGAAAAUGAUCCUCACCAUCUACCAAAACAUUCUGACCCUCUGAUAUCACUGCUCGUAGUACAGAGCUCAUCUGGAGCUUCGACAAAAAAAAGCCAUUAAAAAUGUUGAGAAUGAACUAAGGACACUUUUUUAAAAAAAAAAUUUUUUUUUUAAUGUUUUAAGUCGGACCUAUUUCCUGUCCCGUCUGACCACACCUCCCCCCCUUACCUCCCAGACAAGGCACUUUCCCAUCAAUGACUCAUAACGACAACAUGGAUAUUGGCUAGCUAGACAAUCUUGAUGUGGCUCUGUGUGAGAACUACAUGUGAUCGAUGGAGAGAGGAAAAAGAAAAGAGGAGAAAAAAGUAAGUUAAUAUAAAAAAUGUAAGAUACUAUUGAUCUGUGGCUUCAGUCGCACCAGAUGUUCUGACUGUGUGGAGUCCCAUGGUGGGUUAGUUGGACCCAGUCUACCUCACUGAUUUAGCGAGAAGUGACUGCUUUGUAUAAAAACUGUUAACUGCUACUGUGGAAAUACUCCGGGGGGUUGGGGAGGGGGCGCGAUGGUGAUUUUUGGGGGUGGGAGGGUUGUUUUUAUGGGCUUAGCCUUCUCGGACAAGCAGGGAAUCUUAAGCAGCAGGUUUGCUCUAUCUACUCUAUGCUGAUGAUGAUUUACAAUAAUGAGCCAACAUAAUUAUUAUUCAUGAAUUAUUUAUACAGAUGAACUAUAUGACAGUUUUGAUAAGAUAUUGCAUUAAAGUCACAAUCAGAAGCUUAGUGGGUGUUCUGUAUGCCACCAAAUCAUCCUGGAUAUUGAUGUAGCUUUUUGCUUUUGUGUUCUUAUUUAUGCAUCUAAAAACAAAAUCCUGCUAUUAGCUGUGUGAAAGCACAAUAACAUCCACAUUUAUUUUUUCUGAGUUGCUUAAGACAGUAAGAGUUUGAGUGAAUGGCUCAAGGAUCACGCAGGUCCAAAAUGAACCAAGUACCCAUUAGCUGGUUGUUUCACACCUGAAAGUUCCACUUGUUUGGGGAAAAAAAAAAGGAGCCAGCAGAUGCAUGACUACUGUCCCCAUUCAGUGCUUUUUUUUUUUCUUCUCUUCUUUUUUUGUUUGUUUUUUACUCCCCAACAAGUCAACCUUAAACUUUAAUCAUGCCUCUUCCUCUCUCUGUAUUAUUUAAUGGACUGUUGUUAAACUUUUACUGUAGUAAGUCUUCCUCCGCCUGAGUACAGCCUGCAGUGUUUCUACUUCCCCUGUAGUGUGCUUUUUCUAGUGCUGGUACUGUCUCCUCGAGGCUGAACUGAUGGCAGGGAAAGACUUAUUGGAAAAAAGGGCAUUUGUUUUCAUUUCUGUAUAAGAAUAAUGAGAAAAAAAAGUCUUUAAAGGGAGCUUUACUAAAACUCCACCUUCCCAUACUACUUUGGUUCCUCCUUCCCUUAACCUAAGACCUCACAUGAUUUUAAAAUGCAAAGUUGUAAAAACUGUAAAUAUACUAUAUGCAUUGAGGGAGGGGGGGACAACAGCUCUUUAUCCAGACCCUUUGUAAUCAAAGUCAAAAGUGUAGAAAAAUAAAAUUGGAAAAAAAAAUCAACCACUGGAUAUCAUUUUAACAAAGAUAAAGCUGUACAUAAAUAUAAAUAUAUGUAAAAUGGCAAACUAAUAUCUUUAUGUAUAUGAACCAGAGUGUUUUGCAUUUACUUGUUUUUUCUAUUAGUGUUUUUUGCUAUAAGCUUUCAGGUGAGUUUGUUAAAAAUAGAUGUGAGGAAAAUGUCCGGGGUUCUCGACGAGAAGCCGACGUGAUAACGAGGCUGUUUGGAUUCACGCAGAGAGUUGUUAAUUAGACAUGGAAAAAUCACUUCUUGCAUAAAGCAGUACAAUGGUGCAUAGCAUUUGUAUUUAUGUAAUAUUGUUCAUGUUUCUUUUUUUCUUUUUAUUUAUGCUACUGCUUGUCGAUUUACCAAAACCUCCCCCUUUAAUCGGUCAAAAUUGGAUUCAUAUAGUCUUGAAUGGACAAAUCUUGAAUUCCCUAGAAUAUUGUUAGUGUUUUGCUUUUUCUUUUUUUUCCUUUAAUAUCUUCCCUAUAGAAGUGAAUGUGUUGGUUAACAUUGUGAAAUGGUUACUUGGCCUGAUGUAUGUUAUGAUGUAAUAAUCAAAGUUAAUCCCAUACUUAACCUGGUAAUGAAUUGCACUCUCGUAGUAUAACAGAAACUUUCUCUGAAGUGGUAGAUAUUGAUCAAGUAUCCGAAGCAGUGAUAUAUAUACAUAUAUAUCUAUAUUUUUUGGUAUGUUUCUAUUCCAAGGGAAGAACACGAGACAUUAUGCCGCUCACUGGAUUUCCGCCUGAAUAAUUUUUAACUUCUCUGAAACUUAAUUUAAGUUCUCUGCAUAUCUUAUAAUUUAAUAAAGGUUGCUCAUAAUUUGAUUUUUUUUUUCUUUUUAACCUCACGUACUUUAAAAUACAAAAAAAAAAAGAUGUUGCAUCUGUACAGCAGAGAUACUUUUAGGGAAUAUGAAUAAAUAUAAUGAUCAUUUU